GAGACCUACUAUGAGCCCAAGUAUGAACCCAAAUACGAAACUAAGUAUGAGCCCAAGUAUGAAACCAAGUACGAGAUCUCCUACGAGCCCAAGUAUGAACCCAAAUACGAGACCUAUUACGAGCCCAAAUACGAAAAAAAAGUAGUCAAGUACGAGCCCAAAUACGAAAGCAAGUAUGAGCCCAAGUAUGAAACCAAGUACGAGACCUACUACGAAUCCAAGUAUGAGCCCAAAUAUGAAAAGAAGGUCGUCAAGUACGAACCCAAACACGAAGCCAAGUACGAGCCUAAGUAUGAUUCCUACUAUCAAACGAAGCUCCGAAGAGAGAAUCAGUUUCUUGCCAGAUAUCAACCCAAAUAUGAGCCCAAAUACUAG